UCGCAUGGUUCUAUACGUUAACAAAGCUCCAAAAUCGCACACAUGUGGUGGUCAAGUGGUGCUCCUCUCGUGGAGUUUCUUCUGCUGGCCUCGCUGGUGAUCGGCAGAGUCGGCUGCCUGAUCUGCACGCGCCGCCCGGCCAACACGGCCUCGCCCAAAUCUCCGGUGGAUGAGAACUUUGUAAUAAGCGUGAAGGGCAAUCCGGAAACGUACAUUCUCGGCCAGGAGUACAACGUCUCGCUCAAUGCAUUCAAUGGCCACCGCUACAUCAGCUUUAUCAUGGCCCUGGAGAAUGAGAAUGGUGACUUUAGCUACACGGACGACUUGGGACGCUUCGAGCUGGCCGAUCUGAUCGAGACCCGCUUCAGCCCCAACUGCAUCAACAUGGUGGAGAGCACCAAUACGAACCCCAAGAUGCACAUGCACCUGACCUGGGUGGCGCCCAGUGAGCCGGGCAGUGGCUGCGUCCUGAUCCGGGCCACUGUUCAGCAGCAUCGCGACGUGUGGCACAUGGACGACGGAGGACUAACGCGUCGCAUCUGCGAGGAGGUCACCGAUGAUGUGGAGAGUCAGCCAACUGUUCCGGCGGUGGAUGUCCCCUGCUGUGCCUGCGAUGAGGCGCGAUAUGAGCUUCUUUUCGAGGGCGUCUGGUCUAGGAAUCUGCAUCCCAGGUUCUUUCCUGCCCGAGGUUGGGAGACACGUUUCUGCGAGCUUCUUGGAGCGGCGCACAGUUCGGACUAUCGCUUCUGGGAGUCCGGAGCACUGGCCAGUUUGGCCAUGAAGGAGUACGCCGAACACUGUAGUUCCCGUCUUUUGGAGAGGGAGUUUAGCAUUAAUUUUCGGGAUCAGAAAAUACGCACUAUUAUCAAAGCCCGGGGACCAUCCUAUCCCAACAUGAACAGUAAGACGAUGGCCUCGGUGAGAGUGGAUCCCCUGCACCACAUGGUGUCCUUUGCCUCCAAGAUAGAACCCUCCCCGGAUUGGAUAGUGGGCGUGGCUGGGCUGAACCUGUGUCUGCGCAACUGCACUUGGCUGGAGGAGAAGGUCAUCAAUCUGUAUCCAUGGGAUGUGGGCACAGAUGCGGGUCCCACCUAUACGUCACCUGACCAGCCCCAGGUCCCACCAGAUGUCAUUAGACGCAUGCGUUCCGACUUUCCCAAUGAUCCGCGAUCACCUUUCUACGAUGAUUCCGGGGCUCCCAUGAAACCCAUGGCUAUUUUGACAGUGAAGCGCCAGCGAAUCUAUGAAAGGAGAUGUGAGGAUGAGGAUUCCAACAAUGGUGAGGAUGUGCCCAGGGAGUGCCUCACCCAUCCUUGGUCCAGCUGGAGCGACUGCUCCACCAAAUGUGGCGCUGGCAUGCAGUACAGAAGGCGGGUUUACAAGCAGCCAGAUAUUGCCAAGGUCUACAAUUGCAAUGUGCCGCAGUAUGAGGAGCGUGAGUGCCAAGGCGAGAUGUGCGGCCAAAGUGGACCUAUGGGGGAACCAGAGGAGUUCGAGGAUCUGGAGCCAGAUCCCAGGAGGAAUGGAUUUCAAGCGGGCCAACAGCGACCGGCCGAGUGCACAUUGGGUUUCUGGAGCAGCUGGAGUCCCUGCAGCGUCACCUGCGGCGAAGGCUACGAGAUGCGCCAGCGGCAGUACCUCAAUCCCCAAGCGGAAGCGGAGUGCCAGAGUGUCCACUACGUUGAACUGCAGGAAACGCGAAAAUGCUCCGGCAGAGCUUGUCUUGGUAAUUUACCGGGAUCCUACAAUUCCGACAUGGAUGAUCCUUAUGGACGCACUAGAGGAAAUGUGUAUGGAUCACCAUCUGAGCAAGAGACAGAGAACUUUGGAGAGUACGGGGAACCCCGAAAUGGACCAGUUGGUGGCUUUGAAGUGGGAAAUCUAAAGGGGACCAAUAGCAACUGGGCUGGGAACAGGAUGCCAGAACGUCAGAGGAAUUUCGAAAGAGUUCCUGCAUCCUUUGGGCAGUCAAACUUCGAUGGAGGCUACAGUCCCCCCGCCAGGACAGAGCGACCCACUUGGCCUGGCCAACCACGCUUCAGUGAUCCGCGUCUGGAGGAUGUGGAAAGGUCUCCCUGGCAGCGUCAACGGCCAACUAGCAAAUACGGCUCGAGCUUGGAUGCCCCAGAAGUGGAUUCCCCCAGGGAGCCUUGGCAAAGGACACAAACUAAUUACGGCAAUCAGAACAUGUAUCCACCUGGAGACGAUAUGGACUCCUCGCUGUCCAACCGCUGCUUCCAAAUGCUGCAGACAACGCAGCCACGUUGCCAGAAUCAAACGAUUACGGGCCAGUUCUGGUUCCACAACUUCUGCGCGGAUGAGUGCAUGCUGUUCGCCACUGAUCCUUGCGAUCGCAAUGUGAACAAGUUCAGGCGGUGGGAGGAAUGCGAGAAGUGCCGACAGCCGGAGAUGGCUGCACUGCAGCAGCAGCACUAUAAUUCGCCGGAGUGCCACAAUCUUCGAGACAUUUGGCGGGCGGAGGAGCGGGCGAGGGAGGAGCAGCGUGCUCCGAACAGGAGGCGCAACUACGGCGCUUACAGCCAACGCAGAAAUUAUUCGUAAUACCUAAAUAUUAGCCAUUACUUACCUUUAAAUUGAGAGAAUUUCUUUAUUAAACUAAGAC